AUGAGUGUCUUGACUGCUGAAAGAUUAGUGAGGUUGGCAUAUAAGUACCCCGCUUUGCAAAGCUCAUGGUAUUUGAUCGCAACUGCAUGCUUGACAGUUGUCAACCAACCACAAGAGAUCCCCAAGGUCUAUCAUUUUGCAUUACGCCAGCAAUUAUUGGCAAAUCCAGCAUCACAAGAGUCAACAUCACCCAGCCUCUUGACCGAUGCAAGUUUGAUAAGAUUGGCACAGGACUCCAUCAACUCUGCGAAAAAGUAUGAAGACUUGUCGGCUGUUGGGGUCAAUCUUCCCGACGUCUUGAUACCACACACCUACUAUGAGCAGCUUCCGUUGAAGUUCAAGUACUCAAAACACGUGGACAUUAUUGCCAUGCAAGAUCAAUUAACUGCGAGGUUUAGAGAGGUGAUAUUAAAGAGUGUCGCAUUAAGUGGGUUGCCCAAAGCCAUCAAUGCAUUGAUGAUUUUAAAAACAGUGACACCUACUAACUUGAAGAGUGGGCUUACUCCUGAGCGUCCAAGAAUCGUGAGUCCUGGUCAUAUUCCUUCAGCAUCCAUAGUUAGUGAAGACGUCCAUGGCACCAAAUUCGACAAGGAAGAUGAAGCGACAGAGGACACAAUUGACGGUCCAAUUAGUGAACUGUCCAUUCACCCUCAACAAAUUGCUUCAGAUUUAGUUCGCGGCUCAAACUUUUGGAACAGUGUUUACGGAAAGAUCAACAAUAGAGUCAAGAAUCAAAUGUUAACCGCAUAUCCAGAUUUGUGGUACCAUGCUUUCCACCACGUUUAUGCGCCAUUGCUAAGCUACACCAAGAUCAUUUCCGGUAAAGAGACAUCCAUGUGUGUUGUCGCAUGCUUGAUCCCACAAGAUGUCAAUCCACAAUUGAAGGGACAUUUGAAAGGUGCGUUGAAUAAUGGUGCAACUAAGGAAGAAUUGAACAAUGUUAGAUCAAUGGUGUUUGACAUAUGUGAUUGGACAGGCGGCAUCCAAUGGAAAGGUGGUAAAGACGCCGUAGCGAAAUUGUAA